AUGUCAAGUCUCAACAACACCGAUGGUCCACUCCAGGUCCCUGGAUUUGGCUCCAUUCCCUUGGACUAUGAGCUCCCCACCGCGACCCGCUUUGCCCAUGCGCUAAUUGAAUAUCGCCAUUCGCCCCGGUUGACAAAGCGCGAGAUGACCAUGAUCCGACUUAUGCAACAUAUAACGGAACAGCCCGGGUGGGACCAAGCGCUGCUGGAUCCGGAUGAACCUCGGCUCGCGCAAUGGCACCAAGAGGCAGUAGCAAGUGAAGAGUCUCUUAUCAGUGCACCAGCCUGGGAUUGGUGCAUCGCAGAGCUACGGGACAAGGCGCAGACCUGGCAAGAAACCGGCCGUUUGCUAGUAUUUGACAGCUCUUCUGCUGUAUGCCAGGCUAAUGUGCCACUGCCGCAAAAGGAUAUCCAGACAGAGGUAGCCCGAUUAGGAACGCAAGCCAGUCACGACUCUCCUCUGGUAGAUCCAUCCGAGUUCCCCCUUGUCUAUGACCGGUCCCCGGUGUUGGUCGAAGGCGGACAGGUAUCUCUUGAUGACCCCUGGCAUUUGACCGGACAGACUGCGAAAGAGCUGCCGGUCCAUCCCCUUGAACAAACGCGUAGGCGCCAUAAUAGGCCCCGGCGCCAUGAUAGGCGUCACAGGGAUGAACAGAAGAGUUGUUGGUCCAAUCGAUUUCAGUGGCUGCCACGUGAGGUAGAAUUUACUUCCUCGCCUCAUCACACACCCGAUGUUCGCAUCACCUCUUAUGUCAAUAAUCUACACCCGCACAGCCACCGAAAUUUAUAUGCUCACCUAGAGCGCCUGAUUGCUCGUUAUAUCCCUUCCUGGAAUGAGAUCCUGUUCUAG